UCGAACGCGGUAAUUGCCUUUGUCAAUGACACAAGCAUUGUCGAAAUCAAUGGAGUGAUUGUUUUGCCACGCAUGGUUGGCAACAUUAGAGCCUCUUGUGAUGGUUUCUAUGGAAACUAAUCUGCAGAAGCUUACAUAUAGUGCCAGUGACUGUAGCCUGUGAAAACAGCCAUCCUUCUUCGCUCCCGGCUACAGUCACUGGGGUAUCUGAGAAUGCAAAGCCAAUUGGCCUCAGCUUUAAUACCAUUCAGAACCUCACCCAACUACACCCCACGUCACGCCCACCCCUUGCCCCUCUUGUGAGGAAGUCUGGCUCCCAGACCCCAUGAAGAGACUCCGUUGCGCUGAAAGCGACACAAUAUGAAAUUUUUUAUGAAGUAGAUAUUUUGACAAACCAAGAUGGCGGGAGAUUGGGAGAACUAUGUGUUGUGUUCGAGUCUUUCAAGAAAUUAUCCAGUGCAAUGAAUAAGAGCAUGGGGCCGGAUCCAAGUGAAUCUUUUAGAGAGCUACGUCCUGUUUGUAUAAGGGUAUCUAAGGAACCGUCACCUCAGAACAUCAAAGAUCUAGCGGCUAAACUGCGGGCUGUAAAUCCCGCGCACCUAACACAGCUGGUCGAGUAUGUGUUGUUUCCAUUGAAACUGGCGUUACAGAGCGCAAAUCUUACCAAUGAAGUACAAGAAACCGCAGUUGGUUGCAUUGAAACUCUUUUCACCCGUGCACAUGUUUGUCAGCUCGGUACAUUUGAAGAAAUGUUUAAUUAUCUGUGCAUGCUUCUCAGCUCAACGGAAAGAGGCCCUGGAGCCAUAGCUGAUAUUCCUGAGGAGCUAAAACUAGCUAUUGUCAAGUGCAUAUCUCGUUUGCUUCAAGGCACUUCGCUCGUGGUGAAAUGCGCGUUCUAUUCACCGCGUCUUCUUCCUAUCCUGGGGCACGCGGUUACCAUCCUUUUGGCACUGUCUGAAAAGGAGAAAGCCAGGAAUGUAAGACUGAGUGCUCUUGAGUGCCUAAGUUACCUCGCUUGCUGUAGUGAAAGCCUUGGGUGGGAUCCCAGUGCAGGUAAUGAUCCAGGUCAAGAUGAAGAUGCAGAAGCAUUACAAAUUGCAGUUAAAGGUUCUGUGGCACAAAUAUUUGCGUCAUUUGUGCCUGGAAUAUCAAUGACUCUAUGCCGAAUCAUCACAGGAGAUAGUAAACAGAGUCAUGCAAUUGUCAUGCAAGCUAUUGACCUGUGGGGUGACGUCCUCACUUUGGUGAUGAAUGAUAGGCAUAUGCCAAUAAAACCAACAGACAGUAAAGAUGUCAUCUCGCAACUUAUUUCACUGGCGACAGAAAACAAAUCGAGUGAAUCACAGGAAAAUUCAGAGGCUAGUAAUUUAAACUCAAAUCCAGAAAAACUUGAUAAAGUAAGGAACUUGAGUGUUAAUAGAAGCAUUGCAUGGUUUCAUGAUACAGGAUCAAAGUUAAAAAUUGUCAUUGAGCGACUGAGCAUGGUUUCUGCGCACCCAAACUGGAAAGUACAGCUUUCACUGGCAAAGUUUUGUGACAAACUACUUGCAAACUGUACAGACUCAUUACAAGCUUGUGUUUCUACCAUGGUUGACUUACUGGUUGGACUGAUUGGAGAUGACUAUUCACAGGUUGCUUCAAUCAGUGGAACUGCAUUACAGGAAUUAUCACAAAGACUUGAAAAUGGUCCCAGUUCACUCAACUCAUUGUUAGAGGAGAACCUUCAUUUGGUGUUGACGGCACUUCCACGUGUCAUGAGAACAGCUGAUGAUGACAAGAAAAUACAUAGUCUGAACCUUGCUCUCGGUUACUUGCGUCUUCUUGGUAACAGACUAAGUAGCUUGCUGAAUUCAUCAUCCUAUCUCAAAAGACUGUCUCUUGCUCUGGUACAGGUUCUAGAGUUUGAUGUUGGUGAUGUAGGAAUAGUAGAAGAAAGAACUCCAUCUCUAUCAGAAACAGCUGUCCCACCUUCUGAAACUAAAGGAGAAAAUCCAAUGUCAUACCCAGCAAGCCAGUUCACCGCAAGCAAGUAUCCUAAAUACCACUUCAAGCAUUUUAGAGAUGACAAAGUUAAGGUGGCAGUCAACCAAAUAUGCCAUGUGCUUGGUUACUAUGGCAACCUUCAGCUCAUAGUUGACCACUUUUUGGACUUGUUUCACGAGUCAAAGCUCUACCAGAAGCAAGCAGUUUAUAUCCUGAGUGAGAUUGUGAUGGGCUCCUGUGGAGGAACAAGUGAUGGAGAGAACAACUUGAUUGGAACUGAGAAAACUGAAGGCAUUGUUGAAAAUCAAAGCAAAAGUCUUCCUGAAGUUCAGAACCUUGUGGAACUUUUAAUCACUGAGUAUAUUUCUGAUGGAAAUUGGAACCUUGUGACCUCAAAUCCUCCAGUACUACACACACCCAAACCUGUCUCAUCAGACCCAAAAGAUUUUCUCUCAUUCAAGAAGCAAGAAACAAAGCCAGCAAAAGUUCUUCCUUUUGAAGUUCUGAGCAAUAAUGUACAACUCAGCUGUCUGUUACUAGAAGCAAUUGGUUUGUUUUCAACAGUUAUUGCUUCACAUUUUGAGCAGUACCUGAUGAAGGUUCUGUACCCCAUCAUGGCAAAGCUAGGAAAUGACAAUGCCACUGUCAGUCGCUCAGCUUAUGAGACUCUUGUUAAGAUUUGUCAGAGCUGCGGUUAUGUCUCAGUAGAUGAACUUAUUGCAAGAAAUGCUGACUACUUAGUGAACUCAAUCUCACUGGAUUUCAAGUAUGUUUUCAUGAACUGCCAAGCUCCUUGUGUACUGAAAGUGAUGAUUCAGUAUAGUAACCCUGGUAUCCUUUCCAUCAUCGAGGACACACUUAUGGAUAUAUUUUCAGUCAUCGAUCUUUAUCCUGAUGAGCUGAUGUACCUGUUGAUGAAAGUGCUGAAUGUGCUUGUUGUAAUGAUCAAGAAGUGGUUUCCAGCUCCAGUAAAAGACCAAACAACCAAGGAUUGUAAUGAAGAGAAACCAAUCAGCAUUUGUCCAGAGAAAAAGCAAUCUGAAUUGGACAAAGAGGAGAAGCAGCUUUCAGCUGACCAGAUUCGGGAAUUUUUCCUGGAUUACCAUAAAAGGAAGCAACAAUCUCUGGGAUACCUAGAUGAUGAGGAACCUGGGACGGGGACAUCAGAGCCUGAGGAGGGUGGGGUGGAGGAGGAGCAGUUUCAGCCAGACAAGAAGCCAGAAAUUCCAAGACAUGUGAAAUAUGUCACAAGGGUAAAUAUGGAAAUGACUUUGUCUUACUAUGACAGCUUCAUUUGCAUUGCAAAUCUGCAGGUAGUCACUAUCAAGGCUGUGACUGUAUUGUGCUCGAUGGCUGAAGCGUCAGGAAGUUUUAUGCAGCGUCGAGUCAUUAAAGAUGCCAUCCCUUCUAUGACUGCCUUCCUUGACAAGCAGUCAUCAGUGAGUCUUAAGGCAGGCCCAGUCUACUCACAAUCUCAGUCGUUCAAGCAACAGCUGGCUGUAUUGAGGAGCCUGGGUCGACUGUGUAGACAGCUGGAGAUCAGCGAAGCAACGCUUAGCUCUGUAGUGUGGGUUUGUGCCCAGUAUCUGAGCUGUCGACAGCCCAAAGAACUUCAACAGGUGGCAGUCAGUGCAUUUAAAGACUUUGCAUCAGUGGAGCCAGACCUGAUCUGGUUGAGCUUGAAUGACCUGUUUUGUCCUGUUGAACUUACUCCUCCACAUAAAACAUGCAAACCUGUCAGGCUGGCUGGAGUCGCUCCUCAAGGCAAAGAAUAUGCUGAGAAUGUCAACAUUCUGUUGUCUACAAUUUGAAAACAGUGACCGGCGCCAUUACAGAUAUGGCGGGGUUUUUUUCUUAUAUGGUUUCCGUAGGGCGUUUUUCACAAAAAAAAACAUUGGAGCUGUUGAACUAAUAUGCGGUUUCUCUGCCGGAACUAAGAUUUCUUUGGUGGGAAAGCUAUGUUUAUUAUUGUUUUAAAACGUUGUUCGUUGUUGCGUUAAGAUGACUGGACUUUGUUGUUCUGGGAAUGAGUCUCUAGGUAGCAGCCUUUUAAAAUAUAUGUUUUUUGCAACUCUCAAAGUUUUUUUUUUUUCUCACACGCUUUAUUUGGUGAAGCGUCCUUACUUUGAGAUAACGUUUCCAUUCUCAAAAACAGAAAUUUACUGUUAUGGUUCAUUAGCCGUAAAAACAUAGUAAUGUUGUUUAGGUUGUUUCGUGGCGUAAAUGUUCUUUGUAAAAUUAAAUACAUUGGUAACGGAACUAACUAAAAUUACAGAACAGAGGACCGACGUAUAAGCCAUCAAGGAAAAUCCUGGAUAAUCACAUUCAAUAACGUGAAUGUUUUGUGAAACGUGCAAGUUGUAUGUUAAACUUACGCCCCGUCCACACUGCGGCGGAGGAAUUUGAAAACGAAGGCUUCGCUCUGUAAAGGCGUCAAAUGUUUUCCGUCCACGCUUGGCAGAGGACGGUCAUUUUGGAUUUGGAUUUGAGUAGAACUCGAGUAGAUGAAUAUCAUGAUUAUCGUAGCGCCAUCGUUUUCCGUCCACACUAAAAUGCAAAUUCCUCCAGUUUAAUCGAAAAACUCCGCUUUCGUGCCGGAUUAGUGUGG